UAAUCUUAAACAUCUCUAUUAUAUAUCUCCCAACAAAACUUCUGUCCAGAAGAAGGCAUGACAGCUGAAGAUCAGACAAUCUCAAGCAGUGGAAGAUAUGUCAAAAGCUCAUCAACAACUGAUUAUGUUGAUCAUCACCAUGAACAUGAAUCCUGUAAUCCUCCUCUUGUUAAGAAGAAGAGAAACCUCCCCGGAAAUCCUGAUCCAGAAGCCGAGGUGAUAGCUCUAUCUCCAAAGACACUUAUGGCCACAAAUCGUUUCCUCUGCGAGAUAUGUGGAAAAGGUUUCCAAAGAGACCAGAAUCUACAGCUUCAUAGGCGAGGACACAACCUCCCAUGGAAGCUAAAGCAGAGGACGAGUAAAGAAGUAAGGAAACGAGUGUAUGUAUGUCCGGAGAAGAGUUGCGUCCACCAUCAUCCGACAAGGGCACUCGGUGACCUUACCGGAAUCAAGAAACAUUUUUGUCGGAAACAUGGCGAGAAGAAAUGGAAGUGUGAGAAAUGCUCCAAGAGAUAUGCAGUCCAAUCCGAUUGGAAGGCUCAUUCCAAGACUUGUGGGACUAGAGAGUAUAGAUGCGACUGUGGUACAAUUUUCUCCAGGAGAGACAGCUUCAUAACACAUAGGGCGUUCUGCGACGCGUUAGCAGAAGAAACCGCUAGGCUAAACGCAGCUUCUCAUCUCAAGAGUCUUACCAGUAAUAACCUCAACUAUCAUUACCUAAUGGGCACACUUAUCCCAUCUCCACCACCACCGUCGUUUCCAUUCGGACCACCGCAACCGCAACCGCCACUUCACCAUCACCAUUUCCCCCUCGCAACCACCACCUUCGAUCAUCAACAAGACGUCAUGAAACCUGCCUCUUCGCUCUCCUUAUGGAUGGGAGGAAGUAUCAAUCCUCAUCAAGUGACCAUCGACGACCGCAUCGCGCCGCCGCAUUCACCGCAUGAGGAUUACAAUAAUUGGGUCUUCGGAAUCGCGAAUAAGCACGGCGAGCUCAUAACGACGAGCGAUUCCCUCAUCACCCAUGAUACUAUCAAUAUCGUUGUCCCGAGUAAGGAAAACACAAACGCAAACGCCGUUACUUCUCUUUCGGUGCCCUCCCUUUUCAGCAGCGUCGACCAAAUUACACAAGACGCAAACGCGGCUGUUGCGAAUAUGUCCGCGACUGCGUUACUUCAAAAAGCGGCUCAGAUGGGCGCGAAUUCUUCCUCACCGGAUCCGACUACGACGACGACGACAUGCAUCGACCAAUCAACGUUUCUCCAGAGUUUUGCGUCGAAAAUGUCCGAUGAUCAGAGUCAGAUUGUAGAAGAUGGUGGCAGCGACAAGUUCUUCGGUUUGUUUGGAUCAAACAGCGUCGGGUUAAUGAGUAAUAAUAGUGGUCUUCACGACAUCGGGAACCCUAGAAAUGGCGUUACGGUCGUCUCGGGGAUUGAUGAAUUACAGAGCUACCCCUGGAAGCGUAGAAGAGUUGAUAGUGGGGAUGCAGGAGGAGGAGGGCAAACUCGGGAUUUCCUCGGGGUUGGUGUACAAACAAUGUGCCACUCAUCCCCUACCAAUGGUUGGAUCUAAAACACUGUUUCUUCUCUGGAGUUUCUAACGUACUUAUAAGAACUUAGCAAAGCGAAUUUCUUUCAUUAAUUAAAGUUCUAGAUUAUUCAUCGUGAUUUACAC